CUAAUCAUUAUACAUGCAAGUGAUUCCUGGAACCGACGCUUGUUGCUAGAGGGAAAAAAUCUGUAAACGUCAAGCUUUCAAAAUGGCUGAAAAUAGAUUUGCUGAAGCGGCUGGAACCGAUAAUUUAUUGUUGAUUACUGAUUCUUACAAAGUUACUCAUCAUUUACAAUAUCCACCCAAUACAACAACUAUUUGUUCCUAUUUUGAAAGUCGUGGAGGAAAGUUUCCAUACACAGUGUUUUUUGGGCUACAAUACAUAUUAAAGCGGUGGCUUGUGGGACCUGUUGUUACCAAAGAGAAAAUAAAAGAAGCCAAAGAUAUAUACCAUUUACAUUUUGGUCAAGAUGUGUUCAAUGAAGAAGGAUGGAAUUAUAUAGUAGAGGUUCAUAAGGGCUAUCUACCCUUGAGGAUUAAAGCUGUACCUGAGGGCUCUGUUGUGCCAACUAGAAAUGUUCUAUUUACAGUAGAAAAUACAGAUCCAAAGUGUUAUUGGCUGACUAAUUAUUUUGAGACUCUACUAGUUCAAGUUUGGUAUCCCAUGACUGUGGCAACUAACUCUCGCUGCCAGAAAGAAAUCAUUGCCAAAUAUUUGCAUGAAACUGCUGAUAAUUUAAAUCAACUGCCUUUCAAGCUCCAUGAUUUUGGCUUUAGAGGCUGUACUAGUGUUGAGGCAGCAGGUAUUGGUGGUGCUGCACAUUUAGUCAAUUUUCAAGGUACAGACACUAUUGUUGCUCUUACAACAGCUAAAAAAUAUUAUGGUUGCAAAACUGCUGGUUUUUCUAUUCCUGCAGCAGAACAUAGCACAAUAACAACCUGGGGUCCAGAAGGAGAGAAAGAAGCAUUUAAAAAUAUGUUAGAUAAGUUUCCUACUGGUCUAGUUGCCUGUGUUAGUGACAGCUAUAACAUUUGGAAUGCCUGUGAGAACAUUUGGGGUGAUCAAUUAAAAGAUGCUGUGGUUUCCCGGGGGGACAAAGGAACAUUGGUAAUUAGACCUGAUUCUGGAGAACCCAAAGAAAUUGUUGUCAAGGUACUAAAUAUCCUAGGUGAAAAAUUUGGCACAACAGUUAACUCAAAAGGUUAUAAAAUGUUACCACCUUAUGUGAGAGUGAUACAGGGUGAUGGCAUUUCCUAUGAGACACUUUCAGAGAUAUUGGAAUUUAUGAAAGAAAAUCUGUGGAGUGCUGACAUGCUAGCCUUUGGAAGUGGUGGAGCUUUGCUGCAGAGGCUGGAUAGAGACACCCAGAAAUGUGCAUUUAAGUGUAAUUAUGCAAUCAUAAAUGGCAUGGAGGUAAAUGUUUUCAAAGAUCCAAUUACAGACAGGGGUAAAAAAAGCAAAAGAGGAAAGCUAACCUUGGAGUUACAUAAUAAUGAAUAUAAAACAUUUGAAGAAGGCAGUGGGGAUCCUUCUAAAGAUCUACUGGAAGUUGUUUUUGAAAAUGGUCAUCUUGUGAAGGACUACUCUCUGUCUAGCAUUAGAAAUGCUGCUGAAAUAGAUCUAGUCAAGAACCCAAACAAGUGAUUUCUAUCCUUUCAAAAAGUAGCACAGUUGCACAAUAUUUGUUUCCAUUAAAUGUGAUGUUAGAUUCUUAUAGCAACAAAAGUUUAAUUGUUUAUUUUAUAUCUUUAUACCAAGUGAACUGUAAAUCCAUGCAAUCAACAUCCCAUACAAAAUAUUUGCAUAAAAUUCAUAUCAUUGUUAACAUUUUGGACAGAAAUUGAAAAAUAAAUUAGUUUGACAUUUUUCUCAUAUUGUUUUUGUAAACAGAUGUAAGCAUUGUGUUUAGUUUGAAUUGCACGUACAUUAAAACAAAUAAAAAGUGUUCAAUGAGUUUACUUAAUGUAAUUUGAAAUGUUUUUUACUUUUGAAUCUCUGAUACUUUCUGUAAUUUAUAAGAAAUAGAAAAAAAAUAUUUAUAUAUUCUGUUUUUAACAUGUGAGACUUGUUUUUUAGAAUUAGAAUGCAACUUUCUAUAAUCACUUCAUGAUGUAUUUAUAAAUAUAAGCAAUUAAACCUUUAAAGAAAUUUAGUUUUAAUGGUUAACAUUAAGUUUCACUGUAUUUUUACAUGCAUUUUAUAUACAUACUUUGAGAAGUAAACAUUGCUUCCCUUUUUAAUUGUAUUCUUAGGCCAGUUUCUUUCCGUCUGUCUUCUAUUUUAAAGUUUCUUUCAGUCUGUCUUCUAUUUUAAAGUAUCUUUCAGUCUUUCUUCUAUUUCAGAGUUUCUUUCAGUCUGUCUUCUAUUUCAAAGUUUCUUUCAGUCUGUCUUCUAUUUCAGAGUUUCUUUCAGUCUGUCUUCUAUUUCAGAGUUUCUUUCUAUCUUCUAUUUCAAAUUAAUGUUUUUAUUUUGUCUUCCCAAGGCAGCCAAUGUAUCCUAUUAAGUUAUUCUCUGAAAUGUUUUAUCCGAUGCCAAAGUAUAUAUUCUCUUUAAAAAAUGUAAAAACUACUAUUUGCCUCUUCAUCAGCUAUGUUUCCUCUAAUGAGUGGCUAUAAAAGGCAUGCUUUGUCUUUAUUUGUAAAAUUCAACAAAUUAUUAUAGACAUUGCAACUGUGUAGAAUGUGACAUUUUUAUCCAAUACAACUCUAUGAAUGAUGUUACUUUUUCUAAUUUUUUUGUUGUGAAUAAAUAUAAUAAAUCUUUAACUUAUUUAUUUUUUUACUUUCAAAGCCAAAUCUCUAUGAAAGUUAUUUUGUAAAAAGCAAAAAAAAUUUUUUUAAAGGCCUUUUUUUUUUUAAAAACUUAUUUUAUCAAGCCAACUUUUUUCCUCCCAAGAAAUAAAUGUGAUUGUUGAAAAAUAUUCCUAUGUUUCCUAUUAAGUUAUUCUCUGAAAUGUUUUAUCCGAUGCCAAAGUAUAUAUUCUCUUUAAAAAAUGUAAAAACUACUAUUUGCCUCUUCAUCAGCUAUGUUUCCUCUAAUGAGUGGCUAUAAAAGGCAUGCUUUGUCUUUAUUUGUAAAAUUCAACAAAUUAUUAUAGACAUUGCAACUGUGUAGAAUGUGACAUUUUUAUCCAAUACAACUCUAUGAAUGAUGUUACUUUUUCUAAUUUUUUUGUUGUGAAUAAAUAUAAUAAAUCUUUAACUUAUUUAUUUUUUUACUUUCAAAGCCAAAUCUCUAUGAAAGUUAUUUUGUAAAAAGCAAAAAAAAUUUUUUUAAAGGCCUUUUUCUUUUAAAAACUUAUUUUAUCAAGCCAACUUUUUUCCUCCCAAGAAAUAAAUGUGAUUGUUGAAAAAUAUUCCUAUGUUUAGGUCUACCAACCUAUAGCCCCCCCCCACUAUAAUUGUCUCCCCCUGAGAUUAAAACAGGUUUAAGUAAUAACAGAUAUUAUAUGUCAAAGCUCAAAGUUUUAAUAAAAGAAACAAUAUUUAGUCACUUAUUUUUCACGUCAUUCUUUGUGGUUAAAGCCAGACCAACAACAGAGCUAGAUUGUAAUCACAUUUUGGGUUAGUUUUAGGGUUAGAGGUCUUAAUUAAAUGUAUUUUUUUUAAUUUUUUUAUACAAAAUACUUAGUUGGCGACACCUCUUGUCAAUGACACUGACCUAAAUGAUUGCUUUAUAUUUAAAAGAACUUAAUCCUUCUCAAUGUUUUUUCCAUCAGCUACAAGUUUCAAUCUGUGAUUUAAGAGAACAAUCAUUGAAUGCAGACUUUCAAUUUUUUUAUUUUUUUUAUGUAUAUGACUUCCCUGUUUUUCCUUGUUGUUUCUCUGUACACUUAGAUUAUUGAAUGUUAGUUGCUUUGCUUGUUGUCUUAGAGUUAUUAUUGUAUGCCACAUCCAGACAUUAACUCUCAUAAAACUGUGAACUGAAUAAAGUAGCAGUUUUGUAAUGCAUGAAUCCAGACACUUUGGUUCACUUCAUGUUUCAGUUACCAUUGAUGAGAUUAAUUUUAAAAAUGUGUUGUUUUCUCCUUUAACUCAUUAUCAAUUCUUUCUGUACAUUUAGUGUCCAGAUCCUAUAUUGUGAUAGUAAUUAAAUAUUUUAUCAAUAUAUUUUAUAUUCAUUUGGUUCAUACUUAGCAUUUUACUUCAUGCAAUAAAACCAAAAUUUCUUUCAUACAUUAUGUGCUAUAAUUUUGUUAGUGAACCAAAAGAUAUAUUCAAAUGUUAACUUCAAGAGAAACUUCCUGGUUUGAACUGUAAAAUAUUUUAUUUUUUUUAAUUGUGUGUUUAAACAUUCCAAUUGUGUUCUGAAUGGUCUACCACCAACACAAGUAAAAUUACUUUGUAUAUUUUCAGUCCUUUCAAAUCCCUUCCAUAUAUAGAGAAUCUUCUUCCCAAUACAGUUUACAGAGAACUUCUUCCUAAUGCAGUUUAUAGAGAACUUCUUCCUAAUACAGUUUUUAGAGAACUUCUUCCUAAUACAUUUUAUAGAGAACUUCUUCUUAAUACAGUUUUUAGAGUACAUUUUAUAGAGAACUUCUUCCUAAUACAGUUUUUAGAGAACUUCUUCCUAAUACAUUUUAUAGAGAACUUCUUCCUAAUACAGUUUUAGAGUACAUUUUAUAGAGAACUUCUUCCUAAUACAGUUUUUAGAGUACAUUUUAUAGAGAACUUCUUCCUAAUACAGUUUUUAGAGAACUUCUUCCUAAUACAUUUUAUAGAGAACUUCUUCCUAAUACAGUUUUUAGAGUACAUUUUAUAGAGAACUUCUUCCUAAUACAGUUUUUAGAGAACUUCUUCUUAAUACAUUUUAUAGAGAACUUCUUCCUAAUACAGUUUUUAGAGAACUUCUUCCUAAUACAUUUUAUAGAGAACUUUUUCCUAAUACAGUUUUUAGAGUACAUUUUAUAGAGAACUUCUUCCUAAUACAGUUUUUAGAGAACUUCUUCCUAAUACAUUUUAUAGAGAACUUCUUCCUAAUACAGUUUUAGAGUACAUUUUAUAGAGAACUUCUUCCUAAUACAGUUUUUAGAGUACAUUUUAUAGAGAACUUCUUCCUAAUACAGUUUAUAGAGAACUUCUUCCUAAUACAGUUUUUAGAGAACUUCUUCCUAAUACAUUUUAUAGAGAACUUCUUCCUAAUACAGUUUUUAGAGAACUUCUUCCUAAUACAUUUUAUAGAGAACUUCUUCCUAAUACAGUUUUUAGAGUACAUUUUAUAGAGAACUUCUUCCUAAUACAGUUUUUAGAGAACUUCUUCCUAAUACAGUUUUUAGAGAACUUCUUCCUAAUGCAGUUUUUAGAGAACUUCUUCCUAAUACAGUUUUUAGAGAACUUCUUCCUAAUACAUUUUAUAGAGAACUUCUUCCUAAUACAGUUUUUAGAGAACUUCUUCCUAAUAGUUUUUAGAGAACUUCUUCCUAAUACAGUUUUUAGAGAACUUCUUCCUAAUACAGUUUUUAGACUUGGUGUCACACUGCUGUACUUUCUAAUAUUUUUACAAAUUAUCUUUUGGAAAUUUUGUAAUUUUUUUUUUUAAACAUAAAUCAUUAAAAAAAAAUUAUUUUGUUUAAUAAAGUUUUGAAUCUUUUUUAAAUAAAAAUGUUUCUUUAAA